CAAUGCGCUCGGGAUGAAAACGUUUUCUUGUUGUUUCCCGGGGCUCGCCGCGGUCAACUCGUCUUCCCCUUCCGAGUCCCACGCUUGGACACAAGAGAGGACAAUAGACUCCGCGGAGGGAAGUUCCAUGUCCAGUUCGACUCGAAGGACGACCAUUUAACCCAAUGGAAUGGGAGUAGUUGAACUGAAAAGCAGCCAGAGGUUAAGAAAACUAUCCAUCACCGCGUAGGAGAAUCGAGCGUUGCCCAGUAUCCACACAGACAUGGUUCACUUUCAGCCGGGACCGUCAAGGACACGACUACCGCUUUUUUAAACUUUUUUUUUUUUUUAAUCUUUAAAUACAUACAAGAACCGAGAAGGAGGAGUAGUUGAAAAGAACGCGUCUUCUCCUCUUUAUCACAUAGUAAAGGCGGCGGUGGGAGUAAAGUUGUUAGGAGCCUUCACUAUGCCUGACCAAAUCACAGUGUCGGAGUUUGUGGUCGAGACCAACGAGGACUACAAGUCGCCCACCGCCUCCAACUUCACCACCAGGAUGUCCCACUGCAGGAACACCGUGGCCGCACUGGAAGAGGCUUUAGAUGUGGACCGAAGUGUUCUAUACAAGAUGAAAAAGUCAGUGAAGGCCAUCUACACGUCUGGUUUGGCUCACGUUGAGAAUGAAGAGCAGUACACCCAGGCAUUGGAGAAGUUCGGAGAAAAUUGUGUGUACAGAGAUGAUCCUGAUUUGGGGUCAGCGUUCCUCAAGUUUUCCGUCUUCACCAAGGAGCUCACAGCCCUCUUUAAAAACCUGUUCCAGAACAUGAACAACAUCAUCACUUUUCCUCUGGACAGUCUGCUGAAAGGAGACCUGAAAGGAGUCAAAGGGGAUCUGAAAAAACCUUUUGACAAAGCCUGGAAGGACUACGAAACCAAAGUCACCAAGAUAGAAAAGGAGAAGAAGGAGCACGCGAGGCAGCACGGCAUGAUCAGGACAGAGAUCAGCGGGGCGGAAAUUGCAGAGGAGAUGGAGAAAGAAAGGAGAUUAUUUCAGCUGCAGAUGUGUGAGUAUUUGAUCAAAGUCAAUGAGAUCAAGAUCAAGAAGGGAGUAGACCUGCUGCAGAACCUCAUCAAAUACUUCCAUGCACAGUGCAAUUUUUUUCAGGAUGGUCUGAAAGCGGUGGACAACCUGAAGCCUUCCAUUGAAAAACUGGCCACAGAUCUGCACACAAUAAAGCAGGCGCAGGAUGAGGAGCGAAAGCAGCUGACUCAGUUACGGGAUGUUCUGAAGACUGCUUUGCAAGUGGAGCAGAAAGAGGAAUCGCAGGUGCGGCAGAGCACCACUUACAGCUUGCAUCAACCGCAAGGCAACAAAGAGCACGGGACUGAGCGCAGCGGCUACCUUUACAAAAGAAGUGAUGGGUUGAGGAAAGUAUGGCAGAAGAGGAAAUGCACAGCGAAGAACGGAUACCUCACCAUCCCCCAUGGAACCGCAAACAGACCGCCAGCCAAACUCAAUCUGCUCACCUGUCAGGUGAAACACAAUCCCGACGAGAAGAAGAGCUUUGACCUCAUAUCUCACGACAGAACCUAUCACUUUCAGGCCGAAGACGACCAGGACUGUCAAAUCUGGAUCUCAGUGCUCCAGAACAGCAAGGAGGAGGCGUUGAACCAGGCUUUCAAAGGCGACCAGCAUGUAGGCGAGAACAACAUAGUGCAGGAACUGACCAAGGCCAUCCUGGCCGAGGUGAAGAGAAUGACGGGGAACGACAUGUGCUGCGAUUGUGGCGCGCCUAACCCAACGUGGCUAUCCACCAACUUGGGAAUUCUCACAUGUAUCGAAUGUUCCGGCAUCCACAGGGAGCUGGGCGUCCACUACUCGAGGAUCCAGUCGCUUACUCUGGAUGUACUCAGCACCUCGGAGCUCUUGCUGGCCAAGAAUGUGGGGAAUGCAGGCUUCAAUGAAAUCAUGGAGGCAGGUUUAAGUGCUGAAAACGCAGUGAAACCCAACCCCGCCAGUGACAUGCAGGCGAGGAAAGACUUCAUCAUCGCCAAGUACACCGAGAAGCGCUUCACAAGGAAGAAAUGCCCUGACUCUGCUUCACGGCUCCACACACUGUGUGAGGCCGUCAAGGCCCGUGACAUCGUCUCGCUUAUUCAGGUCUAUGCUGAGGGAGUGGACCUGAUGGAGCCCAUACCGCUAGCCAACGGACAUGAGCAAGGAGAGACCGCUCUCCAUCUGGCUGUAAGGCUGGUUGACAGAACCUCCCUUCACAUCGUUGACUUCCUCACGCAGAACAGUUUAAAUCUGGACAAGCAGACAGCCAAAGGCAGCACGGCGCUGCACUACUGCUGCCUGACUGACAACAGUGAGUGUCUGAAGCUGUUGCUGAGGGGGAAAGCAUCCAUAGACAUCGCUAACGAGGCCGGGGAGACGCCGCUGGACAUCGCUCGCAGGCUCAAACACUUCCAGUGCGAGGAGCUGUUGAACCAAGCGUUGGCUGGGAAAUUCAACGCACACGUCCACGUGGAGUAUGAAUGGUGCCUGCAGCACGAAGACUUGGAUGAAAGUGAUGAGGAUCUUGAUGAGAAGCCCAGCCCCCACCGCAGAGAAGAGCGUCCGGUCAGCUGUUACACGCCGAGCACCAACUCCCACGUGCAUGGCCGCGACACCUCCGGCCUGGCCAAGGACAAGCAGCGUUCCUAUCUGCCAAAUUUGGUCAACAACGAGACCUACGGCACCAUCGUCAACAACAACCCGCCUCAGCCCGGUUUGCCCGCCACCACCUCUGCGCCACCCUUACCCCCUAGAAACCUGGUCCAGUUGGCGGGCCUCGGCGGGACAAGUCAGCCCUCGUCGUCCAGCAGCUGGAAGCCCGCUUCCUUAGACCUGGUUAGUCGGCAACGAUCGUCUUCAGACCCCCCCAACAUGCACCCCCCAGCACCCCCUGUUCGGCUCACCUCUACAGCAGGUUUAGGUCCUUCCCUUGCUGGAAAGGUUGACGCACUGAGUUUACACUCCAAGUCAGGUCAGGGACCUCCUGGACCCAGAAGCAGUCAACAAAAAUCACCGUCAGGCAAUGAUAAAAGUUUCUCCCGAACGCCACUAAAUCGUACAGCAUCUAUCGAGCGACCAACUAAGGAAGUGCCAGGGUGCCCCCAGAACUCCAUAGGUCACACUCUGGCUCCAGCCCACCUCUCCAGGAAGGCUUACACUAAGCACAAGCCGAAGCGAGUAAAGGCCAUCUACAACUGUAUGGCGGACCAUCCGGACGAACUGACCUUUUCGGAGGGUGAGGUCAUUGUGGUGGAUGGGGAGGAGGACCAGGAGUGGUGGCUGGGACACAUUGAAGGAGAUCCGAUGAGACGAGGAGCCUUCCCGGUCACCUUUGUACACUUCAUUGUGGACUGAAAUGCCACCGCUGGGGUGGUCAGCAACUCCAGGAAUAGAAAAAAGAAAGAGCGGGGAGAAGAAAAAAAGUUCCGGACUGCGUGCCCAACCAUUCACCGUGAUGACUUUCCAUGUCGUUUUCAACUGCUUGCUGUUUGUGACUCGAGAACGCAAUUGAAAUGAUUGUAGCGACCAGCGUCUCACAAGAAAUGCACUUUCCCUCGCCGCUCUGUCACAUGGGAUGAAGGCCGUGCACGAUUUCUGCUCCCUCCUCCUUUUUUAUAUGAGGAGGUCAGCGAGCCUCCACCGUGCGUGAGCAAAAUGAAAAUACAUUUAGUGCAGAGGUUCGCUUCACGGUGCUGCUUUACGAACGCGUUUGUUGAUGGCAGGGAGGUUCUUGCUCGUCCCAUUUAGGUAACAACUAACCAAUCACGCGUCAUACAAGCAGCAACCCUCAUGUUAUUCUUUUAUUCAUUCAUGUCCAAUGAUGACAGUUUCUAUACUCUGUUUGCCCUUUCUGUCAUCCGCCUUAUUAAGUGGCUCGGAUGUAUCGCAGUGUGUGUGUGUCACAAGCAGACACCUUAAGAACAAAAACCAAAAUGAUUCUUACCCUGACCCUGUUUUGAGCCAAAGGGGGAUUAUUAUUUUGCCAAAUUGAUUAGUUUUAGAAGAAAAUUACAUUUGACAAAAUGUUAUUUUUCAAAGUCCAUUUAUUCAUACUCUUGUUCAACCUGUGCAUUAUAUCCAAUGUUGUAAAUAUGUAUUUAAAUAAAUUCUCUAGACUAGGCAUUCCCUUUUCUGUAAAGCCUGUCCGGUAUGAUAAUUACAAAAUUUACAGUGUAAACUUUUUUUUUUUUUUUUUUUAAA